AUGGCAUCCGCUGCUCGACGAGCGCCCGAAAAUCCGAAACCAGAUUCUUCUCUGUCGGCCAGAAGCGAUAAUUACAUGUUUGCUAUCUACUAUACCUAUUUCCACCCAGCCCAUCCGAUUCUUCCGCCAUGGAACCUAUUCCAACAGGCUCAUUUGCCGCUAUAUUUAAAGCAGGUUGUUGAAUUCAUCGCUGCCCACUUCACCCCAACCGCACCCAAUGAGACCUAUCGCCAUACAAUUGUUGGAACAGUUCUCAAGCAGGCACCUGAACCCGAAAAGGUUCAAGCACUUCUUUUAUUGUGCAUCGUGUUGCAUUCGCGCACAGAGCAUGUGGAGUCUAAGAACUGUUUGGCCACAGCUGUCGACCUGGCCUUUGAGCUUGGUCUGAACCGGGCUUUUUAUGCUGAAACCGAGAGCCCCAACGAUCCAAUCCGAGCUGAAUGUUUACGACGCACAUGGUGGGAGCUUUUCAUCAUUGAAGGUCUCUUGAAAUCCUUCGGGGUGCAGCAUAUCUGCCGCACAGCCCUCAAGCCUCUCGAAGUGCUGCUUCCAUGCGAAGAGUCUACCUUCCGCGAGGGCCUGAUUUCGCCAAUUCCACAGACGCUCUCCGAAUUCGAUGCGCGUGUUUUUGCCGAAAGGGAGCCGGGUUUUUCAUCGUAUACCUAUCGAAUCGAUGCUGUGCGCAUCCUCAACUGGGCACUGGAUAUACGUGAGAUGACCGGAAGUCAUGAAAACCUGAUAGAGGUUAUUGAUGCUCGCAUAGCCAGUUGGUUCCUCAAUUUACCCAGCUCCAAGGCCGAGCUCCUACGGCCAGAUGGCUCAGUCAAUGAGAUAAUGUUUCAGGCUUGUAUAAUCGUUAACAUUGCCUCCAUACAUCUGAACUUUUCUCGUUCUGGCCUCAUGUCAUCUUCAGCAGUUGCCACAGAUGUCAUCUGCAGUCACCAAACUUCCCCCAAGGACUCCGCCUUCUCCCACCAUUCCCAUGCUACGAAAGCCGUCAGAGCUGCCAAUGAGAUAUCUUCAUUAGCUGCGAUCAGUUCGCCAGUUGAAAAACACACCCCGUUACUUACUUGUGCCGUUGCGCUCAGCUGCAUUGUUCAGCUUGCAGUCGUAAAGGCAGGCCAGAUGUCUGACGCAACCCGUGACCGCAUCUGUCUGAAUCUUGGAGUGUUGAGAUCGAUGGGCCGAACCUGGGCCAUUUCAAAGACAACUAUGCAAAAGGCCAAAGCUGUUGCGCGUGAUGUACUGGCUCUGGGGACUCAACCACCCGUGGACCUAUUCGAUUUCACUACCCUGCUCGAUCUAAAUGAAGAAGUCUUGAUGGAUGGGAGCAUCCUUUAA